AUGUCAUCUUAUCAGUAUCGCAGCUCCCAAUACGGGCAGUCGACGGGCAGUCGCGAGCAACCCCGUCGAGACCAGCGCACGCGCGACAGCGAAGGCACCGUCAGCACAUCCAUCAGCACAUCGAGCGGCCGCGAGUCGCAAGCAACGCAAGCCACGGAGCCGCCGACGUUCUCGAAGAAGAUUGUUGUCGUUGGUGAUGGCGGUUGCGGCAAGACGUGCUUGCUGAUUAGCUACAGUCAGGGGUACUUCCCAGAGAAAUACGUGCCGACAGUCUUUGAAAACUACAUCACCUACCCAGUGCAUCCGCCCACUGGUAAGACAAUCGAGCUAGCAUUAUGGGACACGGCCGGACAAGAAGAGUACGACCGCCUGAGGCCACUCUCCUACCCCGAGACCGAUCUUAUCUUUGUCUGCUUCGCCAUUGACUGCCCAAACUCGCUGGACAACGUACUGGACAAGUGGUACCCUGAAGUACUGCAUUUCUGCCCGUAUACACCCCUCAUCCUCGUGGGUCUCAAGUCAGACCUCCGCUACAAGAGGACGUGCAUAGACAUGCUCAAGACCCAAGGCCUGACGCCCGUCACAACGGAGCAAGGCAUGAAUGUGGCCCAGAAGAUGGACGCCCAAUACAUGGAAUGCAGCAGCAAGGAGAUGGUUGGCGUCGACGACAUCUUCAGCCGGGCGAUCCUCACCGUCGUCGCCAAUGACCGCAAGAACCUCGAGUCGUCCGCGGGACCUACUUCCAAGGACGGUAGCAACGGCUCGCGGACGUCGAUGCCUGGCGUAGGGAUACCUAAGAGGAAGAAGAAGGCAAAGUGCCGCAUUCUUUGA